AAAAGACCCUCAGCCCCCCAGCAGCUCCACACUUGCCCACCGCGGGCCCCCGCUGGCUUUGGAGGGUCGGGUGGCUGCUACCAUUGACACAUCACAAAAUGGGGCGCUUGGAGCAGAGGGAUUAGCAAGCGCAUGGCCCCACAAACACCGCUGUGGUCUUGCCCCCCAGUGUGGCGUCCAAGGCCCCGGUUCCGCAUCUGCAGGGCGCCUCAGUGCAGCCGCGGUCCCCUCCGCCGCAGACGACCCCAGCGUAAGGCCCGCGCCCUGCUCGUCGACCAGCCGACCACGCGAGGGCGCGCCCUGUGUUAGUUCGGACAAAUUAAAGGCCGUCCUGCGGGCAGGCCGGGGGCCUCGCGGGCCAGGCCAGGGCUCGGGUGCCAGGGGCACGCUCUUGGCUGCCGUCCGCGCCGCUCUGGGCCUCAGAGUCUCCCGCAGAGCCCGCGUUAUCGGCUCCCAAACAAGGCGCCCCCUCCGCCGGCGCGCCUACAACCCGGGGUGCGCGUCUCCGCCGCCCUCUGCCAGGCCCUUCCCGAGCGCAGGCCGCCCCUCCGCCGCGCCGCGGGCUCGGUUCCGUCCAAGGCGCACGGCGACGGGUUCACGGGCGCCGAGGAAGCGCGACCGGCGGAGCCAGCUGCCUGGAAAGGGGCUCCAAGAAGCACAAGUCCGCGCCGGUCCCGGAACAGGCUGUUGUUGUUCUCAACGCGGUCCGCCGUGGAGGAAUAAAAGCGGAGCGAGGCGCCCGCGUCGCCAGAGCGCGGCGCGCACGCCCAGCGAGCUCCAGCAGCAGCGGCCGCUCCGACUCAGCUCGCUCGGCCGGAACCGCGCCCCGCUCCCGGUUCUCUUCCCGGCGCGGCCCCCCGGCUUCCGCGCGCCGCCCGCCACCAAUCCGCUCGCCACCAUGUCGGUGGAGCUCGAGAAGGCCUUGCCGCUCACCUCGGCCGAUGGCCCGGCCCGGAAGGCGGUGGCGCCGGCAGUGGCCAAGAAACAGAAAAGCAGCAAGAAGAAGAAUCAGCCAGGCAAGUACAGCCAGCUGGUGGUGGAGACCAUCCGAAGGUUGGGCGAGCGCGGCGGCUCGUCGCUGGCCCGGAUCUACGCCGAGGCCCGCAAGGUGGCCUGGUUCGACCAGCAGAACGGGCGUACGUACCUCAAGUACUCGAUCAAGGCCCUGGUGCAGAACGACACGCUGCUGCAGGUGAAGGGCACGGGCGCCAACGGCUCGUUCAAGCUCAACCGCAAGAAAUUGGAGGGCGGCGGGGAGCGGCGCGGGACCACGGCGGCCACCCCCGCGCCGCCGCCCGCCCCGCACAAGGCCCGGAAGGCGGCCCCGGCGCCUGGUGCGAGCGAGGCGCGGCGUGCGGACAGGAAGCCCAGCAAGCGCGCGCGCAAGGUGGGCGCCGCCAAGGACAAAGGGGCCAAGGCCGCGAAAGCGGCGGCUGCCUCGGGCAAGAAGGUGAAGAAGGCAGCAAAGCCCAGCGUCCCCAAAGUGCCCAAGGGUCGCAAGUGACCACGUCGGCGGGCAGCCCCCGCGGCAUCUCGGUUUUUCCACCCGAGCGUGUUCGGAUCCUCUCGCCGGACCGGCCCGAGCCCCCACCCCGCUCUCCCGCC